CAGGACUGGGCUCUCGAUGAUGUCCUGCUCUGGCUGCAAGCAUGCAGUUUGGAUGAUGUCGCCUCGCUUCUGAUCGGUUAUGACCUGAGGGGGACCGAUCUUCUUUCAUGGGAUCACGAAUGUCUAUCUCAAUUGGGAGUUACAAGUGCGUCGAUUCGCGAAAAGAUUUUGAAAGAACUGACCGCCAUCAGGGAACGUGGUCCUGAAGAAGCAAAAGAAGAGAAAAGAAAUGGGCAUCGGGCACUGUUUGAUAUAGUCAAGCAGAGCACAUACGACCAGGUGUUGGCCGUCGAGACCCCAUUGACGACGCGCGAUAUCAUCGUCACUCACGGUCGUCUCGGUUGCCUUCAGAUCACUAAAGUGAACGGCGUGAAUCUGCCAUUGCGGGAGAACGACUGCCUUCUCGAAAUCAACGAUUGUCCCGGAGAACAGUUCAAAUCCGCGUUGAUGCUGACGAAACUGAUCAGCGAUUCUAAUGGCUCACCAAUUCGAUUUGUUGUGCUUCGUAUGAAAACUAUGGAGAGAGCCGAUGACAGCCUAAAUGAAACGUCAAGCAGUGGUGUUUCAUCAUCUCCUCGAAGUCCAAGCGAGUAA